UUUGCCUUUCCAUUCCCAAUCACGAAACACACACUUCCCCUCUCUCGCUCUCUCUCAUAGAGUCUCAGUACUGCUUUUUGCCUUUGUCAGUGCAUCAUUGUAUGGCAGCCAAUUCGAAUAGCCGAGGGGUCGCUCUAAGCCUGGGCAAGCGUGUCGUCAAUCGGAUCCGAACUUCCAACUCCAACUCUCGCGAUCCACCUCUUACUACUCUGAGGAGGGCUGCACACACCUCAGCGUAUGACAAGAACCCGGAAGACCACAACCCCCAGAACAUAGUCCCAGACCAUGUAAUACCGCCCCACUCCGACAAGUACUGGGCACCGCACCCUCAAACUGGGGUCUUUGGACCGCCUGCCGGGCAAGCCUCAACCGCAGGCGGCAACCGUACUGCUAAUGGUGGUGAGGACUCUGUGCUUGAGCAGAAGGCCUGGUUUCGUCCCUCUGGUCUGGAGGACUUGGAGAAGCCUCACGCUCUCUGAGCGCACAUAGAAAUUAAGAAAAGUACUAAGCUAAGACCCGUCUCCUUAAUAUUAUUGACGGUUAACUACUAUACAUAAAUAAAAGUAUAGGCAUCAGCCUAAGUAGCCUAUACAGUACUUGGUACAAGCAAACACUGGUUAUGUUCAUAAUAUAGCAAGAACUAGAGAGCUGGGAGUGAAACCUUAUAUUAUAUUUGAGACUUACCUAUCCUGUUACUAUGGACCUUGAUAUGUACUUAUUGCUGUGGCUUAUGUUUUCACAGUACUUUGUUGCUAUAAAAGGCUUGGUAAUGUUUAAUU